UGAAUCUGGGAAUGAAGCAGGAAUGAAUCAGAAUCUUGACUGCCUAUUAUACAUGGUGUGUCCUUAGAGAAGUUAAUUUCUCAAAGCUUCGGUUUUCUUCCCUGAAAAUGGUAAUAUUCCCUAACUCACAGAAUUAUUUAAACAGUCAAGUGCUAUCACCUCCUGCAAUUUUAAUAGUAUUAACAUCUCCUUUUAUAUGUAGAUCCCAAAUGUCCUACCUUCUCAAAGUGAUGUCUUUCGUUUUAAUUCUUGGGACUACUCAAGGUGCCUUUCGAUAUCGAAGAGCUAGGAACCCUGAAGCGAACAUGAACAUUAGCCAGAUUAUUUCCUAUUGGGGCUACCCAGAUGAAGUAUAUGAUAUUGUAACUGAAGAUGGUUACAUCCUUGGCCUUUAUAGAAUUCCUUAUGGGAAGACAAACAAUGACAGUUCAGCUCAGAGGCUUGUUGUAUACUUGCAACAUGGUUUAUUUACAUCUGCCAGCAGCUGGAUUUCAAAUCUUCCCAACAACAGCCUGGGCUUCAUUCUAGCAGAUGCUGGUUAUGACGUAUGGAUGGGGAACAGCAGAGGUACUACCUGGUCCAGGAAACACACGUACCUCAAAACAAAUUCCAAAGAAUUCUGGGCCUUCAGUUUUGAUGAGAUGGCAAAAUACGACCUCCCAGCCUCCAUUGACUUCAUUGUGAAGCACACGGGACAAGAGGAAAUAUUUUAUAUAGGUCAUUCCCAGGGCACCACUAUUGCUUUCAUAACGUUUUCCACAAUACCAAAGAUAGCUGAAAGAAUCAAAAUAUUUUUUGCCUUAGCUCCAGUUUUUUCUAUUAAAUACUCAAAGAGCCCUUUAAUUAAAAGGGCAUACAAAUGGAAGUCAGUGAUAAAGGCUUUUUUUGGCAACAAAGACUUCCUACCUAAUACCUCAUUUAAAAGAUUUGUUGGUUCAAAGCUGUGUACACUGAAGACUAUUGGUAAGAUUUGCCGUGAUAUCUUGUUUAUGAUAUAUGGAUGUGACCUGGAGAACUUAAAUAUGAGUCGUGUGGAUGUGUAUAUGUCACAUAAUCCAGCAGGGACAUCUGUUCAAAAUAUGUUACACUGGAGUCAGCUUUUUAAUUCUAGCCAAUUGAGAGCUUUUGACUGGGGCAGUCCUGUUCUGAACUUGGCUCAUUUUAAUCAGUCCACUUCUCCAUUUUACGAUGUGAGGAACAUGAACGUAUCAACAGCAACUUGGAAUGGGGGCAAUGACUUGUUGGCCGAUCCUGAAGAUGUGAAAAAUCUACUUCCUGAAAUUACAAACCACAUAUACCAUAAAACUGUUUCUUACUACAAUCAUAUAGACUUUUUGUUUGGAUUAGAUGUAUAUCAGCAAGUUUACCGUGAAAUCAUUGACAUUAUCCAAGGCAAUCUAUAAAGAACUAUGGUACUCUGUGUUGAAGGAUCUAUAUCAUUUCUCUUAAAAUCCAAUCACUUUUGUCUUGCUAUGCAUGUUUUUCCAGUUAUUUAAAUAAA